UGCUUGGAAAUACUUCUGGCCCAAUUGCAACCCUUCAGUGCGACUAAAACAACAUCCAGCAUGUCUUCUGCACAAGCUCCUGCUCCCUCUCUGGGUAAGCUUCUCAUCACCGGCGGCUGCGGUUUCCUGGGCCACCACAUUGUCAACCUCGUCGUGGAACGCCAUCCCAGUACGCGCAUCCACGUCCUCGAUCUCCACACAAAUAGCAACCGCAAUCCCAGCUCUAUUGUCUCCUACCACAAUGGAGAUAUCACCGAUGCAGCAGCCCUGGGGUCGCUUGUCUCGCGCAUCAAGCCAGAUGCUAUCAUCCACACGGCGAGCCCCCACUUCAAUGCGAAGAAUGACAUACAUUAUAGGGUUAAUGUUGACGGGACUAAGAAUCUUCUCAAGGCGGCGCAGGACGCCGGAGUCAAGGCUUUCGUGUACACAAGCUCCGCGAGUGUGAUAUUGGACCACAAAACAGAGCUGGUCAACGCCGACGAGACGUGGCCGUUAGUCGCGGGUGAUGCGCAGCCCGAGUACUACACCACAACCAAGGCAUACGCUGAAACCGCUGUCCUCUCAGCAAACCGCAGCCCCGCCAACUUCCUGACCAGUGCUAUCCGGCCUGCUGGCAUCUUCGGUGAAGGCGAUGUCCAACUCCUCCCAAAAAUGGUCACCGCUUUCCGCAAAAACCAGAGCAAGUUCCAGGUCGGCGCAAACGAUAAUCUCUUCGACUUCACGUACGUUAAAAACGUUGCCCACGGCCAUUUGUUGGCCGUCCAAGCGCUCCUGCACACGCACAGAAUGCUGCCAACCAUCCCCCUCGACACAGAGAAAGUCGAUGGCGAGGCCUUCUUUAUUACAAAUGGUCAACCCGUAUACUUCUGGGACUUUGCGCGCGCGGUUUGGCAUGAGGCUGGCGACAGGCUGCCUUUGUCAUCAGUAUGGCAUCUCGGACAAGACUUCGCGUUUCUGAUAGGAGGGACGCUGGAGUGGAUAUUCUGGUGCUUGGGAAAGACUCCGAAUCUGACCCGGCAGCAAGUCAAGUAUAGUACCAUGACGAAGUAUCACUCGAUUGAGAAGGCAAGGAGGAGGUUGGGGUAUAGCCCGAUAGUUGAUCUAGAUGACGGCGUGAGGAGAGGCGUGCAGUUUAUCUUGGAAGAGGAGAAGCGAGCGCAACAGAAGAAGGGACAGUGAUGCAGUAGCAGGCUCGAGUGUUUGGCAGAUUUGCUUGAGGAUCGUCCGAGAUGCCGAGCAUUCAUGUGCAUCUGGAGGUAUUAACUCUGUAAAUACUGUUGGGUUGUUAAUCG